CCGCGGGGAGCGGAGCGGAGCGCGGGGCUCGGCGCUGCCCGGCCGGCCGAGCAUGCACUGAGCGAGCGGCCCCGGGCUCGGAGCCGCCCCGCUGCAUGCUGUGGGGAGACACGGUCGCGAUAAUAAAUGAUAGAGGAUACAAUGACUUUGCUGUCUCUGCUGGGUCGGAUCAUGCGUUACUUCUUGCUCAGACCGGAGACCCUGUUCUUGCUGUGCAUCAGCCUGGCCCUGUGGAGUUAUUUCUUCCACACGGAUGAGGUGAAAACCAUUGUUAAGUCCAGCAGGGAUGCGGUGAAGAUGGUGAAGGGCAAGGUGGCCGAGAUCAUGCAGAAUGACAGGCUCGGGGGUUUAGACGUGCUGGACGCUGAGUUCUCCAAGACCUGGGAGUUCAAGAGCCACAACGUGGCUGUCUACUCCAUCCAAGGCCGGAGGGAUCACAUGGAGGACAGGUUCGAAGUAAUCACUGACCUGGUGAACAAGACUCACCCCUCCAUCUUCGGGAUAUUUGAUGGGCACGGAGGAGAGGCAACAGCAGAGUACGUGAAGUCGCGGCUGCCCGAAGUGCUGAAGCAGCACCUGCAGGACUACGAGAAGGACAAGGAGAACAGCGUGCUGUCCUACCAGAGCAUCCUGGAGCAGCAGAUCCUGUCCAUCGACAGGGAGAUGCUGGAGAAGCUGACCGUGUCCUACGAUGAGGCAGGCACCACGUGUCUGAUCGCCCUCCUGUCCGACAAGGAGCUGACCGUGGCCAACGUGGGCGACUCCCGCGGCGUCCUCUGCGACAAGGACGGCAACGCCAUCCCCCUGUCCCACGACCACAAACCCUACCAGCUGAAGGAGAGGAAGAGGAUCAAGAGAGCUGGUGGGUUCAUCAGCUUCAACGGCUCGUGGCGCGUGCAGGGCAUCCUGGCCAUGUCGCGCUCGCUGGGCGAUUACCCCCUGAAGAACCUGAACGUGGUGAUCCCCGACCCCGACAUCCUGAGCUUUGACCUGGACAAACUGCAGCCAGAGUUCAUGAUCCUGGCCUCGGACGGGCUGUGGGACGCCUUCAGCAACGAGGAGGCCGUGCGGUUCAUCAAGGAGCGCCUGGACGAGCCGCACUUCGGGGCCAAGAGCAUCGUGCUGCAGUCCUUCUACAGAGGCUGCCCCGACAACAUCACCGUCAUGGUAGUGAAGUUCAGGAAUAGCAGCAAAGCAGAGGAGCAGCAGUGAAGGAGCCCCCGGGCCCGCUCAGGACUCAGAACAUUUUCUCCGCCGUAGGAAGCUCUAGAAACGCCGUCCGGGCUCUCCCGGGAGGAGCGGAUCCCUCUGGGCUCCGUUCCUGGCUUGGCAGAAGGAGCAAUACAACAAAUCCAAGAAUCCGGUUUGUCCCCGUGUCCCUGCCUCCUGUGCCCUCGCUGCUCCUCAGGCCCCCACUGGAACCUGCCAUUUCUCACUUUUCUUUACCAGCCCUGUGUAGGUUUUUGGUUUGAUCGCUCCCCUCCCGCGGGCACACGGCAGGGGCAGGGCAGUGCUGCUGCUUUUCCCUCCUGGGUGUCACUGCUCAGAAGCUGCUCUCACGUCCCCCGUGACCUGCAGGGAUAAGGGUGGGUAGGAGGAGGGUUUGUGAUGUGAAGGAGGAAGAGGAGCCACCUCUCAGCCUGCUGCCACUGCUGGCUUUCGCUUUGUUUAACCCCUGCCCAAAACAAACCCCUGCCAAGCAUGUCAGUAGGUAGAGCUCCUGAAUUACCACCUUGAUUCAGGCUGUGCAUUACUCUAAACCACUUCUUCUAGGCCAUAUUGUAUCCAAACCAACUGAUGGUGAACUUCAGCAAAAUCCUGGGAGUUCUGAACCUCCUGGAUGGGAGCAGAGCUCAGCUGGGAUAGCAGAAUGUGUGUCCUUCACCGAGAAUCACCCUGACCUUAUUUCCGUGGCAUGGACUUGGAAAGUGAUGUGAGAGAGAACGAAUUUCUUCGGUGGCUGUUGGGAAGCUCAUCCAAGCAGGGAGUUCCUCAGAGCUAUCCAGCUGGAAGUCAAAGCCUGUGCAAGACUUCCCUGUACCACUGCAGGUGGAUUUGUGGUGUUCAUCCUGGGGCAGACCCCGCUGGAAGCGACUUUUGGGAUGAGAUGCAAACGCCAGGCAGCAUCAAUGCACUGUAGAGAUGAAAGGUUGUGUUAAAUCUAGAUUUUAAAAGUAUGUUUAGAUCUAACUUUCAGUAUUUAAUUGUAUUUUGGGAUCUGUGACUGCUUUAUGUGGGAAUGAGGACAGUUUGGGUUUUUUGCUGCACCUCUGGUACCAGCUGUGUCAGGGCAGAGGGACAGGGCAGGCAGGAUUUUGGAUGGCUCCUUUCUCCUUGUCCUGCCUUACAAAAGUCCUCAGGAUCUGCCCCAGAACGUGGUCCUGGACAAUCUGCUCAAGUCUCCAGGGUGAUGCCUGUGUUUGGGUCUGGGAUGUGGUGGAUGAGCUGUUCCUUGGGAAAGUACAAUAUUCCUCAUUUCCCAGCUGCCUGCCCCCAGUGCUGUCCUGCAGGGCUUUGGGGUGCUGAGGGGGUCGGGAUCUCUCAAGGCAAAAAUCAAAGAGCACAAAUUUCUGCUCGAGAAGGAAUCCCCA